UUUGUGUCAAUAUCCAUCUGUCUUUUUGAAUGGAUGAUUUAGAUAGAUGCCUAUAGGUUACAGAACACUAACCACAUGUCAUGUUGUCACUCUACAGAUAAUCAGUCUGAAGUACCAUCACUACUCUUGGGUGGCAGAGCUGAUCCAGAUUUUUAUUGCUAUCAGUAUAACAGUGUCAUUUCUGGUGAUGGGAUCUGCCAUGAAGCACACAAGUAUGUUCCCUCUUAAUACAUCUCAAUCCCUGCUGUUCUUUAUGCAUGGCAACGUUCUCUGAAGAGGGGGGAAUACAUUUUGAUAGCAUGAGUUAGAGACAUUGACAUGCAAAUCCCUCGCCUACACCAAUGGCUAUUAAGGUCUAACCUCAUAUACGAUGUACUUAUGUGACCACACUCUCUGUUAGUCGGUUGUUUACUGGUAGUCAGUUUUAUCUGUGUAAAGGGGUUAUACAAUUAAUGUUAAUAUAUAGUCAUAUUUAGCUAAAUAGAGGGACUUGUUUUUUUAUGUUUUUAGGCCUGAAAAUUAGGAAAAUAAGAUGAACAAUGAAUAUAAUAUAAUUUUCCUAAAUGUUAAGUUGGCUCAGGCUGAGAAAGUAAUUUAAAUGAUUCAGCAUAACAUCUCUAUUUUCAAAAUAUCUGCAAUAAAUCACGUUUCACAGUAGCACAAUUAUGCCUUUCAUUGAUGUGGCUAUGUGGCAUCAUUAUCUCUCCUUUUUCCAGUCAAGAGGGAACAAAAUACUCAAUGAUAUGAAUCAUGAAAAAUACCAAUUGCAUGUAUUUACAUGUACAAUUGUAUAAACCCAGGGCUUUAAGAAGCUGUAGAUUUCGUGCCUUGUAGGUACAUUGUGUUUGGUUGUUUUGUUUCAGUUGAUGGACUUGUGAACUCACACUGGAACACAAAGUUGGAAUCGAUGUCUAAAGUCUGGGAGAGGACAUUACCACAGAGCUUCCACAGAUGCAGUUCAAGAGGGUAUACAGUUCUACUUCUCCGUCUGGUUUUGAAUUCCUCCCAUCACAAGAUGAUUUCACAGGCCGUUUGCUUUCUCACUCGCUGACCAUUACCACUCCCAUAAAAAUAGAAUAUUUCUCUGCCCCUGUAAUAGAAAAGGUUAUGAAGCAUUCAGGAUGCUUACUUUUACUAAUUAAGUUGAUUUCAUGAUAUUAACCAAACAAUCCAUGUUGUCUUUUCUCCUUGACAGCCUUGCCAAUGGGCUCAUAUCUCUGCUUGCAUUUGGAAUCAUUUUUAUUGUCUCUUCGUGUGAUCCAAGGGUAAGUGCCUCAUUCUUCAUCCUGCUACAGCAAAAUAAAAUGAGUCACCUGUUCCUAUCACUUCAUUUCUAACUGGAUCUAGGCAAGAGUAGGAAUUUGUGCUUGAUUGCUGUUUCAAACUAUUCGCAUGAGCUAUGCUUAUCAAGUAUCCAAACCAGUUAUUAUGGUAUGUAGGAACAUAAGGAUAAUACAGCAAGCUAUAUUUAUGUGUACCCUUUAACUAGGGAUUUGUGGUGAUGUUGGACAAAGUGGUGUCUUUCUCUUUGAACACUGAAGUUGGGUUGUUCAUCUUUGUGAUGCUGCGAGCCUCCAGAUCAGAGCGAUUUCAGUGAGUAGCCUACUGUUUUAUCAGUGAUACAGAAAACGAGUUCCUACAGGUUCUCAUCUCUUCCUCUCCUCCCAGACACCUGACUGUGCCUCUGCCCGUGGGCCAGCGGGUCUUCCAACUCCACUGGACCCUGCCUGUUUACUUCCUGUUCGCUGUGGCCUACGAUGUCAUCCAGAGCAUCGUAGAGAUAGCAGAGCACAAUUUACAGCACUCCUCCCAACCUCUCCUCACCAACUCUUCUCUGAGCUGAGCACUACUGUGAAGGAUAAACGGUAGCCACGAGCCUGGGAGCCGUGUGGUGGUGAUUACAAUGCUGUGUUCAUUUGCCCAUUCAUGGACUUCAUGCAGCUUCCUCUCGAACAUUAACAGCAUCAGGGAUGUCUCCUACGGUCAACUAUUUCAUGUACUGUAAAGGGCUCGAUUCAAUUAGAUCCGCUUUAGUCAACAUCCGCAUAGCGGUUGUUUUGGCGGUGGCAGAGAUGGAACUGCGUUAGCUGUCAAAUCCAAAAGUGGCUCC